UUAGAAUUUGAUGCCAGCUGGGGACACCCAGAUGUGGCGCUGAGCCAGCAUUUGCUGCAGAGGGAGAAGAGAGGAGAGGAGAGCAGAGAAGAGAGGAGAGUAACUGACUGGGCUGUGUGCUGGUUUCCACUACAUAACACAUCCACAAAGUCAGAUUCCACAGCCACAAAGUCCAAAUUGGCAAAGAAAUAAAAAGGCUAGGGUUAGGCAUAAGGUUAGCAGUGUGGUUAAGGUUAGGGUUAAGGUUUAAAAUCAGAUUGUGACUUUGUGGCUGUGCCAGCUAGUGACCACUCUGCAGAGCUGCCUCCAGAACAAGAUUCAUGACGAAAAACGCUAACCUGCUUAUUUUAUCAUCCCCCCUCUGUUUGAAAUGUUUAAAGUUAUGUCAAUUUAAUUUGGAGAGCUUUUGAAAUACAGCUCACAACCUAGGGGAAUUUGCAAAGUUUGCAUCAUCCUUUUCUUAGAGGGGAACAAAACACACCAACAAUUGUGUUUCAUUCUAGGAGUUUUGUCUAAAUGAUCCUUUUCUUGUGUCCUUGCAGAGACGUGGGGCGAUCUCCUAUGACAGUGAGGAUCAAACGGCUCUCUAUAUUCGCAUGCUCGGUACGUAUGGUAUGAUAUUCACUGGAUUUUUGUAUCACUCCAUAAAUAUUGAAACAUAUCGAAUGACCUUCAACUACAUUUUCACCAUCCAUAAGGAUAUUGAUUAUUUAAGUAAUGGUUUGAUGCGUGUUUGUUAUUCAGUAGAUAAGCAAUAUAUCUCUACUGCUGCAAUAUCUAGCAUGUCUAAUCUUGUGUGUACAUCUGUGGGUACUGUUACCUAGUCAUACUGACUAAGAAAGUGUAUGUGUUUCUGUUUAAGAUCCUGUAUUCAUUGUCUCUUAUGAAUACAGGAUCUUAAACACUUCCUCUUUCUUAGUCCGUAUGGAUAACAGUACUUAAGAUAUUUUAUAUCACAGGUGAGGAAUGUAAGAUGUAAGAUGUCUCCUAACAAGAUAACAGAUUGUAUUACCUAUUAACUACCUUAUCUAGUAUAACUGCAGAGUCUGUUUUGAUCUAGUCUGAAUAGAGAGGCCUGCCUCUUCUCCAGCUCUACACUGACACCAGUGUGAAUACUAAUAGUCACUUUGGCACUGUGUCACAGCCAGGCUUCCUGUUUAGCUGUGUCUGUGUCGUUUCAGUUUCCUAAAUGGCACCCUAUACCCUAUAAAGUGCACUACUUUUGACCAGGGUUCUGGUCAAAAGUAGUGCACUACAUAGGGAAUAGGGUGCCAUUUGGGACGAAGCCUCAGUCUUAGCAGGCCCAAUGCUUUACUAAAUGAAACCCCUCAUUAUUGCAAGUACCUUGAGGACGAUGUUUUCCCAUUCCUUCUAGGAGAUGUGAGAGUCAGAAGCCAGGUGGAGUUUGAACCAGAGCGAAGAGGGUCUCAUCCCUACUUGUAUGUCGAUUUCCGAACUUUGCACUGUAAGUAAGAACCAAAAACUCCCAUUCAAUGUGCCACCACCCCUUGAAAUCUCUUCUAUCAAUAAAGAAGCUGGACCUUUUUGCAACCCAUGAUUUGUUGCUUGUUGCUCUUUGAUCGAAGUAACCCUUUGUCUGAUACAUAGACGUAUGAACGAAAUGGCAGAUACUGUAUGAAGUGAACACUAAACAAUCCCAAAUGUAGGUAGUGCAUCUAAUGGAUAUGAGACUUGAGUGCUAUUCUUGCUACAUUUAAACAGUCAUGUGCUUGAAUUAAUAAAAUGAAAGCAUUUAUGAUAUUAGUCACUUGUCAAAUUGAAUUGUCUGAAAAGGUCUAUAAAAAGACCAUUGUACAAAGUGUUUCUAGCAAACUGAUAAAUGGAAGCCAUCCAGCUGACUGUCCUAUUGAUGUGAUCUUAUAUGUUGUGUUUGCUGACUGUGCAAAAUUUUCCAGCAAUCAAUAUUGCAUUUUAGAAUUGUUGGGGACCAUCGCCUGUUAGACAUUAGACAUUAAUUUGUCCUGGCUCUGUCUGUAGGUGCCUUGAUCUUUUGAAUACAUUUCUAGAAUGCUAGUUUGCUGCAAGAGGCUAUUUGAGGCUUGCUAGUCUGCCAUGGUGUGUGUUGACAAUGCAGGACUGAGAUUGGUGGGCUGCCAGCUGGCUGGAGAAUGGACUGCUGUGUCAGCAGCAUGUCUGCACACUCACACCCCUUUGCACCAGUCACAGUAGUUGGGGUGACCACGGCAUGGCAGGCUCAAAUCCUCUCUGUUUGUCCUCUGUCCGUGCAGAUGGAAUUUUAGGGCUACUCACUGUUUGAAUUGGCUUGGGACUCUUCCUUCGUCUUUUCAAAAAGUUUCACAGUAAACAGGUUAUUCACACUCUGUGAAAUGCAUCUGUUGUAUAUUGAUUUUAGUACAGCAAACCAACUAACAGUAUCAGCCCGAUUUGUUAUUGACUUAUUGUAUUGGUGUGUAUUUUACGUUGUCCUGAAUGAUAUGCGGUGCUAUGCUUUUAGUACAGAGAGUGUCGAUUCCUUUGUUUUACAAGCAGAUGAAGAGUAUGGAAUUCUGUGCCAACAGACCAUUUCUGGUGUUUGUUUUAACAACAACAUGUGACCUAGCUAGCUAACUUCAACUUGAAAGAUUACUUUAUGGAAAAGAUCUCCUGAAAGCUACUUGAUAAUGCAACAAAGCAUGAUGUUACUCUUACUUUAAAUGGAUUCAGUUGUUAGCUAUAUAAACUUGGCUUAGCUUUAAAAGAAAGUGAGUGCAUUUCAACCAUAGCUAACGUUAAUGGUUCUGUACUUACAGUUGAAGUCGGAAGUUUACAUACACUUAGGUUGGAGUCAUUAAAACUCGUUUUUCAACCACUCCACAAAUUUCUUGUUAACAAACUAUAGUUUUGGCAAGUCGGUUAGGACAUCUACUUUGUGCAUGACACAAGUCAUUUUUCCAACAAUUGUUUACUUAAAAUUCACUGUAUCACAAUUCCAGUGGGUCAGAAGUUUACAUACACUAAGUUGACUGUGCCUUUAAACAGCUUGGGAAAUUCCAGAAAAUGAUGUCAUGGCUUUAGAAGCUUCUGAUAGGCUAAUUGACAUCAUUUGAGUCAAUUGGAGGUGUACCUGUGGAUGUAUUUCAAGGCCUACCUUCAAACUCAGUGCCUCUUUGCUUGACGUCAUGGGAAAAUCUAAAGAAAUCAGCCAAGACCUCCGAAAAAAAUGUGUAGAGCUCCACAAGUCUGGUUCAUCCUUGGGAGCAAUUUCCAAACGCCUGAAGGUACCACGUUUAUCUAAACAAGCCAGACUACGGUUUGCAACUGCACAUGGGGACAAAGAUCGUACUUUUUGGAGAAAUGUCCUCUGGCCUGAUGAAACAAAAAUAGAACUGUUUGGCCAUAAUGACCAUUGUUAUGUUUGGAGGAAAAAGGGUGCCCGAAAUGUUUAACCCAAGUUAAACAAUUUAAAGGAAAUGCUACCAAAUACUAAUUGAGUGUUUGUAAACUUCUGACCCACUGGGAAUGUGAUGAAAGAAACAAAAGCUGAAAUAAAUCAUUCUCUCUACUAUUAUUCUGACAUUUCACAUUUUAAAAAUAAAGUGGUGAUCCUAACUGACCUAAGACAGGGAAUUUUUACUAGGAUUAAAUGUCAGGAAUUGUGAAAAACGGAGUUUAAAUGUAUUUGGCUAAGGUGUAUGUAAACUUCUGACUUCAACUGUAUGUUUCCAUAGCCCGACCUGAGGCUGCGCGGCCUGUGUCUGCCAGGAAUGUCCGCAGGCUGCUGAGCUUUCAGAGAUACCUCCACUCGUCACGGUUCUUCCACGGCAUCCCAGCAUCCAACCCUCUAGGCUACAUCCUUGACGAUGACUACACAGGUCAAGCCAAGGUCAGUGCCACUGCGAUUCUAUCUAGCAACAGUAUUUUGUCAUCUGUUUUGUAGAUGUUAGUGUUGUAGUAUCACUGAGUAGGCCUAACUGUAUAAUAUUUCAUAUGUUUCAGUUAAUGCUGCAGAAGGUUGGAAACUGGAACUUUGAUAUUUUCCUGUUUGACAGACUUACAAACGGUACGGUGUUUUCCUAGGUGAUUGUUGCCCUCUGCUGUUUGAGAAUUGCAGAUGCAAUGCAUGCUGGUUUUAUGGCUCACCUUGACACAAAUAUUGCUCUCCAUUUCUAUUUGGAGAAUGUUCAAUCAUGAAACAUAAUAGUUUGUAUAAAUGUGGAGGACGUGAUUUUGUUGUGGAUGGCGUUUUGCUAGUCAGACUAAUUAUAUGUGGUUGGAGUUCAACUUUAGAUUAAAGAGUAAGACAAUUAAAUCAUGUGUCCCUUGUCUGUUAUUACAAACUGUAGUGUUAUUAUGCAUUUGUUAAUUAAUUGUUUCUGUUCUGCUUUCUGACAGGGAACAGCCUCGUCAACCUGACCUUUCACUUAUUCAACAGUUAUGGGUUAAUAGAGCUCUUCCAGUUGGACAUGGUUAAACUUAGAAGAUUUUUUGGUAUGGAAAUGCAUACAUUUCAAAUGAUUAAAUACACCAUAUUGCAUUGGGACAUGGAUAUAUUUAAACCCAAUAUUGUCUACUUGAAUGAAGUGGUGAUGCAUAGUUGAAACCUACUACAAAUUAACUGAAUAACCAAUGUGUUUGUGUUAUUAUUAGUCAUGAUUCAAGAGGACUACCGCUGCCAGAACCCCUACCACAAUGCAGUCCACGCUGCGGACGUGACUCAGGCCAUGUAUUGUUACCUGCAGGAGCCCAAUGUGAGAGAAAAUUACAUGGUUUAUCACUAAGAAAUUACUAAUCUACACCUGAAUGAUAUGCUCUGUAAAAAUAAGGUCAUAAAAUAUAUCGAUACUGGAAACCAUGUAUGUAUUUUUGUGUUUGUUUGUUUAGUGUUUUAUUUUGUAGAAGGAUGUGUAGAUUUUUGUAAGACAUUUGAGCUUGUAUCCUUCAAAAUGUAUGGACUUUCAAUAAAAUAAUACGAAUCUACAAGUACACCUGGAGAGGUUUGUUCCAACUGUGACUUCAUGAGGAGUCUGAUGAUGAAGGUUCUGUGUGUUUGCAGCUUGCUGAGACGCUGACUUCCUGUGAUCUCCUGCUGGGUCUGCUGGCUGCUGCCACCCAUGAUCUGGACCAUCCGGGCGUCAACCAGCCUUUCCUCAUCAAAACGGACCAUUACCUAGCAGCACUGUACAAGGUAAGGCCCUAUACUGGAAAUAGCGCAUGGACUCAAUGCUGAUGCUUGUGGUGAUUAAACAAUUUCCCAAACUGGGAUGAAUGAAGUACUACUCUACUCGUCAUUAUUUGAGUCUCUUUGAUGGAUAAAAUGCUGAUGUAGUUUUCCAUCAAAUGUUGAAUGACUUUGAAAUACAUGUUAAUAGCUGGCAUCAGACAUCAACUAGCCCAUGUACAAUAUAUUGAGCUCUUUAAUAAGUAAUACAAGUAUUUUUUGGUUGUGUUUGCCAUUGUAGAAUAGCUCAGUUUUGGAGAAUCACCACUGGAAGUCUGCCGUGGGCCUGCUCCGCGAGUCAGACCUGCUGUCCCACCUCCCCGCUGAGGACAGGUCAGUUCACCUGUUUAUUCGAUUCAGUUCAAACAACUUUAUUUGUCCCCUUAGGGCAAUUAUAUAUGCAUAGCACCUGUAGGAGAGACACAUUUAUAUUUUGUUACUGGACACAGAGAAUGACAGGACAUCCUCUGAAUUUAGUUUCCUCUAAUCUGGUGUUUUGUUGUGUGCCAUGAAAAAGGUUUGAUUGGAUUAGGAUCGCUAUGUAAAGUGCUUGAUUUGGUUUUAUCAGAUGCAAGUGAUUACUGCUAGUGAUCAGAUCUAGUCUAUUUAACUACAUCCACUAAGACAUUUAGUUUAUGUAAUACUAACUAUGGGGUCCCCAGAUGUAGCUAAUUUAAAUGUAUCUUCAGACUUCAUUGCCAUUGGAACAUUGCAGUAAAAAAGGACUUUGCGAUUAUGUUUAUGAAAAUGACUGUUUCAUUAGUGUAUAUACUAAUAAAUAUUGAUUGGAUGUUGUUGUCAUUUAGAUUGAACAUGGAGGAGCGGCUUGGAUCCCUGAUUCUGGCUACGGACAUCAGCAGGCAGAAUGACUAUCUGUCAGAGUUCAGGACACACUUGGACAAGGGAGACCUCUGCCUCACGAACGGUGGACAUCGAAACUUUAUCCUUCAGGUGAGCAAGGUGUUUCCCACCUAACAAAAGGAGCAUAAAUGAUUGUACUAUCCAUUGCCCUUUUGAACUGUUGUGGAAUGAUUUGUGGCUUUAAGAGAUCAUGUGAAUCUCUGAGGCACUGAAGUGUUGCAAAAUGUCCGGCUUGAAACAGUCAAAGUGAAUCAUCCAUGUGGUUGAGGCUGAUGGAGAGGAAAGAGAGAGAGUGAGACAAACUGAGCGAUAAAUUGUCAUUUUCUGAGUCUCCGCUCUGUUUUCCUGAUUGACCCUGUAAAGAUGGCUCUGAAGUGUGCGGACAUCUGCAACCCCUGCCGACCGUGGAAACUCAGCAAACAGUGGAGCGAGAAAGUGACAGAGGAGUUCUUCCACCAAGGUACUGCACCACGAAACUCGGGACUGGGCUAGUCUUCGCUAAUCUUAAUCCAGGUGUUUAUUAAGAGUGCAACCAAGCGUGACAGUACAGUUUCUAUAAUGAGUAUUAACCAAUCCUUCUUUUCAUCAGGUGACAUUGAGAGGAAACAUAAUCUUGAAGUAACCCCACUCUGUGACAGGCAAUCCAACUCGGUUGCCAAUAUACAGAUUGGUAAAGUUACCCCUCUUAAUCUAAGUCUGCAGUAUAUGAUGAAUUUAUAUUUUAUUACGAUUUAGUGACCUGUCCAGGGGUGAACUUGUACAUCAGGCUGCCUCAUGCUACAGAAAUAGGAGCUCCUCCUGGCCUCUGGGCGAUUCUGGCUCGGACAAGGCUACUGACAAUUAUUUAAAAUGUACUCCUACUUAAUAUUUGUACAUUUGCUUGUGGUUGGGUUUUUCUGCUUCUGACCUUAGCAGCAUUGUGUGAUUUAUUUGUCAGAACUUGCUCUGAAUGAGAGAUGUCUUCUCCUGCAGGCUUCAUGGCGUACGUGGUAGAGCCUCUGUUUGUGGAAUGGUCACGCUUCUCCGACACACGGCUGUCCCAGACCAUGAUGAACCACCUGAGCCUGAACAAGCAAGGCUGGAAGGAGGGAAGGGACAAGCAGGAGGCUAGCGCUAGUAGGGCCUCAGAGGAACAGAGGACUCCUACCACCAAAGACUCAAACUCCAAAGUAUUACCUCAGGGAAGCAAAGGGUCAUGA